UUAUUCGAUAACCCAUAAAAUCAGAUGGCCCAAUCAAGAAAAAAAUAAAAAUAUAUAAUAAAAUCAAAAAAUAAACUGUUUCGUAUAGAAAAAAAAUAUAUUUAUAUAUAUUCUUACAUCCAUUACACUUUUAGUGCAUCAACUUUUAGGAAACUCAAUCUUCUCCCGCCAUCCUCUGCAGAAAAACCAAAAACAAUUAAAAUAAAUUCACAAAACCUUAAAAAAAACGCGGCCCAAAAGCCAUGUCUGUACCAGGUUGGCACACCACGACUCCACAACUCUCUCAACAUUGGAAUUGGGCUCUCUCUCUCUCACCACUUACGGCGCAAUUUAGCGUCACAUUGUUGCAUUCACAGUUAUAACGCCGACCCUCCCUUUCUCUCUCUACAAAACUUUUCUCCAUCUAUCUAUACAUACACUUUUCUGUAUCUAUAUAUUACCAACCAUAACCAAAUUGAUUUGUGAAAAUUUGCCACGCCAAAAAAAUAUUAAAAUUUUAGCUCCAAUUUAUUUUUAGUUUAAGUAGUACUAAAUCGUAUAUACACUCCAGUGUAUCUAUAUACGCAUAUAAAAAUUUAUCCUAUUUAUCUUUCUCUCACAUCGAGAGUCACGGUUAGAGAGAGAGAGAGAGAGAGAGAGAAUUGAAACAGAGAUCCCUAUUCUAAGACUACUCUCUGAAUACCGAGAAUCGUUUAAUUUCUUCACGGCAAGGAAGGAAAUUUCUUCUCUUAGCGUCUUCGCGCAGGCAAAUUGGGGAUGAUUGCGGUGAGAAUUCAUUGGGUUUGACUGAUUGCAGAGUUUUCCGAAGCCGUUGGAAGACUCUUCAAUUGUGAUUAGGGUUUUCAAUUGAGUUAAUUCGGGUGCUUUUGGAGUAUCUGCGGGAAGAUGAUAGUGAAGAAGAGCUUGAAAUCGGUAAUGCCGAUUUUGAAACGGUGCCGGCUCGGCCGCUCCGCCGGUGACGACGAGGAUUCAUCGGUUCAUCGGAAGAAACGAAAAAUUUCCAAUGGUUAUUACCCUAUGCAUCUCCUUGGAGAGGCUGCCGCUGGUAUUAUUCCUUUCAACGGCUAUGGAAUCCAAAAGAUCCUCUCUAACUCCGCCGCCUCUAUGGAGGUUAGAGGUGGCCGGGAGCGCAUCGCAGCUUCAGAACCGAGGACUGCAAAUUCGAAAGUGAAGGAAGUCUCUCGGCCGCCGUUAGUGAAAACUUCCCGGGGGAGGGUUCAGGUACUGCCUUCACGAUUCAAUGACUCAAUUCUCGAUAAUUGGAAGAAAGAAAAAGAUAUUAGUACAAACGAAGAGAGAGACUCUGCUCCGGAUACAGAAUAUAUACCGGUUAAAGGGAAGGACAACAAACUCGGCUCCAAAACCCUGAGAAUUCACGGUGAUGGAAGCAUUAACAGAAAGCGAAGUGAGGGGAAGACUAAUAGCAGCCAAUGCCGUAAGUUUUCACCAUUGUCAGAGGAUGAGAUAGCAGAACUGAGAAAUAAUGAGUUGAGAAUCUCUGAUAGUAGGAAGUAUGAUGAAGAGUUGGAAGAGUUCAUAAAAGUAAGUGGCAUUGAUAAAUUGUAUAGUACAAAAGAUUUUGUUGAAGGUGAAAUAGUGUGGGCGAAGUCGGGGAAGCAUUGUCCUGCUUGGCCAGCAAUUGUGCUUAAUCAAGAGUCUCAAGUUCCCCAGCAAGUUUUCAACUUUCGGCUUGCUGGAACAGUUUGCGUAAUGUUCUUUGGUUAUUCUGGAAAUGGAACGCAAAGGGAUUAUGCAUGGAUUAAAAGCGGGAUGAUAUUUCCAUUUGUAGAUUAUGUAGACAGUUUCCAGGGUCAGACCGAACUGAAUGAUAGCAAGCCGGUUGACUUACGUUCUGCCAUAGAGGAGGCAUUCCUAGCAGAAAAUGGAUUUAACGAAAUGUUGAUGGUUGAAAUUAAUGCGGCAGCUGGCAACAUGGAUUAUUUCCAUUCUCUUAAAAGAGGAGCGGUCUUCGAGGUAUCUGAUUCAAACCAGGAUAAGAAUUGCGAUUCUAUAGAACAGCAGGAUGUACAUAUGAAACAAGAGUCGAGAUCCUGUGAAGCCUGUGGCGUAAGCAUUGCACCUAGAUUAUCAAGGAAAUCACAUAAUUCAGCUGCUGGUAUCAAUCGUCUGUGUACAUCUUGUGCCAGGUUGAAAAAAAUGAAACACUAUUGCGGCAUAUGCAAAAAGAUUCGGAAUCAAUCAGACAAUGGAACUUGGGUGAGGUGUAAUGGUUGUAAAGUUUGGGUCCAUGCAGAGUGUGACAAAUUUUCAAAAAGCAAGUUCAAGGAUCUGAGAGCAAGUGAUUACUACUGCCCUGAAUGCAAAGCUAGGUUUAAUUUUGAACUCUCUGAUUCAGAGAAUUUGCAAGCUAAAACUAAAAAUAACAAAAAAAACGGUAAACAUACAUUGCCGGACAAAGUUGCUGUAGUCUGCUCCGGGGUCGAGGGAAUUUAUUUUCCUAGUCUUCAUUUAGUUAUUUGCAAGUGCGGGUAUUGUGGAAUGGAAAAGCAGGCACUUAGUGAAUGGGAACGGCACACAGGAUCCAAAACUAGAAACUGGAAGUCAAGCGUCAGGGUCAAAGGUUCCUUGAUACCUCUUGAACAAUGGAUGCUACAGAUGGCUGAGUAUCAUGAACGUAGUCUUGUACCUGCCAAAUCUGUCAAACGUCCUUCUAUAAAAGUCCGCAAGCAGAAGUUACUUACAUUCUUACAAGAACCUUAUGAACCUGUUAGUGCCAAGUGGACAACAGAGAGAUGCGCAGUAUGCCGAUGGGUCGAAGAUUGGGACUUCAACAAAAUUAUUAUUUGCAUUAGAUGUCAAAUAGCUGUUCAUCAAGAAUGCUAUGGGGCAAGAAAUGUUCGUGAUUUUACUUCAUGGGUCUGCAGAGCCUGCGAGACACCUGACAUUGAGCGAGAAUGUUGCCUCUGUCCUGUGAAAGGGGGCGCUCUGAAGCCUACAGAUGUGGCGCCGUUAUGGGUGCAUGUUACUUGCGCUUGGUUCCAACCUCAAGUUUCUUUUGCAAGCGAUGAAAAGAUGGAACCUGCGCUUGGAAUUUUAAGAAUUCCUUCAAGUUCUUUUGUGAAGAUUUGUGUAGUUUGCAAACAAAUUCAUGGUUCCUGUACCCAAUGUAGCAAGUGUUCCACUUAUUACCAUGCAGUGUGUGCAUCAAGAGCAGGAUACCGCAUGGAGUUGCACUGCCUGGAAAAGAACGGGAAACAAAUGACAAAAAUGGUUUCAUAUUGCGCCUAUCACAGGGCUCCGGAUCCAGAUAAUGUUCUGAUAAUAGAGACCCCCAAGGGGACUUUCUCUGCCAAAAGCUUACUUCAAAGCAAAAGGCACACGGGUGCGAGGCUAAUUUCAACAAGCAGGUUGAAAAUUGAGGAACCUCCUUUGGAAGAUAAUGAAGAGGCUGACCCGUUCUCUGCUGCAAGAUGCCGUGUCUUCAAAAGAACAAAGAAGGCGAAAAAGGAGGCUGUUGCUCACCAAAUUAUGGGACCUCAGCGUCAUUCUAUGAGCGCAAUACUAAAACUGAAUGCAAAUAGAAAAAUGGAGAAGCCAUGUACCUUCUCCACCUUUAGGGAACGACUUCAACAUUUGCAGAAGACGGAAAAGGAUAAAGUCUGCUUUGGUAGAUCUGAAAUUCAUGGAUGGGGUCUCUUUGCACGUAGGAACAUCCCGGAAGGCGAAAUGGUUGUCGAAUAUCGUGGUGAGCAAGUCAGACGCAGUGUUGCGGAUCUUAGAGAGGCGCGGUAUCGAGCAGCUGGCAAAGACUGCUAUCUGUUCAAAAUCAGUGAAGAGGUUGUGGUGGAUGCUACAGAUGCAGGGAAUAUUGCCCGGCUAAUCAACCAUUCGUGUAUGCCCAACUGCUAUGCAAGGAUCAUGAGUGUAGGUGAUGACGAGAGCCGAAUUGUACUUAUCGCAAAGACAAACGUUCUUGCUGGGGAUGAAUUGACGUACGAUUACUUAUUCGAUCCGAACGAGCCCGAUGAAUUCAAAGUGCCUUGCAUGUGUAACGCUCCAAACUGCAGAAAAUUCAUGAACUAGGUCCUUCAACGAGAAUUCCAACUAUUUCUCGUUGCUCUAGAGCUCACCGUCUAGGUUACUAACUGUGUAAAAAAAUUCGCGUAAAAGGAAAAUAUAAAUAUUUAUUUAUUUAUUUAUUUUCCGCUUCAUUUAGGAUAAAUUCAAAGAGAUGGAAUAAUAGCUAUUAGUCUCUAGAGGUAGAGAGAGAGAGAGAGCUUCAGGCAUUUUGUAUAAAUUAUAAGCAUAAAUGCCCAGAGUUAAAAGCAAAAUGGCAUCAUUUCUUGUUAUUCUUUGGCAAAUAGAGAAACAAGUAUCUUCAUUUCUUUGU